UCCCCAAGCAACGGUGCCAGAUUGUCGUAUUCAGCCUCCUAUGUUUGCCAAUUUCCGACCCAAAAACUACCUCCUUGACUCCAAUAACUUUCUUCAUAUAUAGUUAUCGUUAAAAUAGUUAAUUAUUGGUGGUUUUUGGCAAUAGCUAUGGCUCAGAAACCGGUAAAUAUGAGGCUCUGAGUACGAUAAUCUGGCAACAGUAAAUUCCCAAGUCGCCCGUGACAUCAAGAUCAAAAACAUGAUAAACACCAAGCGGAAGGCGGAAGCGGCAAGAUAAACGUCACGAAGCCAAGCGGUCCAGUAAUUUCCUUUUUUCAAGCCCCUCGUGCAUAAGGGCAGAGAAUGUACACCAACAGAAGUGGCCCCAUGACCCCCAGCCCCAGCCAAUAGAUAUUCUAGAUCCUGAAGAGUAUGUGAGACAUGUCACCAUCACCACCACCACCAGUUUCUGUCCUCCUGCUGCCUGUGUGCAACCUCAACAACUUACCAGCAAGGAUCUGUGCAUCCCCCAACUAGUAAAAGACUUCCUCUAGUAAACUGUCUGUGUGUAAAAAGAGGUAAGCAUGGGAAAGACCUUCAGCAGAAUACCCAAGCUCUUCAGCAGUGGGUCUAAAGAGCCUUGUGGACCUGAGUGUAAUGGACCAGCAUGCACUCCAGGUCAUAUUCCACCUACUGAGACUACACAUUCACUUGCAACUCCACGAAGUCCACUCCACCGAACCAAAAGGCCUGCCAGUCCUUCCUCAACUCCACCAGAAGAGCAAUUAGCAAAGCGAUUGAGAGGAGAUUUUCAGUACUUGAAUUUUGCCUUUUUGAAGAAUAAUUCCACCAUCAGUUUUAUUCAGGAGAGUAAGGUAAUGUUCAUAAUGAAAGGCCCACCAGGCUCUGGGAAAUCCUUCAUUAGCCAGGAGAUCCAGAAAGUCUAUCAGGAUACAGCUGUCUGCUCUGCUGACCAUUAUUAUAUACAUGAAGGCAUGUAUAAGUUUGACAAAGAAAUAGCGAAGGAUGCUUAUGAAUACUGUAAGCAACAAGCAGCAAGUGCUGCCAGGCAGAACACCCAUGUUAUUGUGAUUGAUAACCGUUGUAUGCAGAAUUGGGAGAUGGAGUUCUAUUUGAAACUAGCAAGGGCUCACAAGUACAUUCCUGUGGUAGUGGAGCCACAGACCCCAUGGGCAAUGGUUCUCAGAGAGCUCGCUGUGAAACAUGGUCAUAGUAAACCAGGGAAAAUGAUUCCUAACAAGGUUAAAUCCUAUGUGCCAGUACUGCCUGUGUACUAUGGAUGGUUUCUGAAUGAAGUGGAUUCAGAAGUGAUAUCCUUGGUUGGGCGGUCAUGGCUCCAAAAAGCUCUGGGAGUAACGGAAUUUGAGCAAGAAUUUGUACAAUCUUUCCAAGUCAGUUCCUCUGAAGAUCUUCACAGCUCUUUUACUUGGAAUUCUCUCAUUGACGGAGGCUCCAUACUUCAUGCAACAUCAAAGUUCACUGCAAGGGGUAAAGGAGAGGGUGCUCAAGAGUAUAUCACUAGUCCACUUGUGAAAGAGUCAGUAGGGAAGUGCUUCAGAUUGUGCAUUAUUGGGUUUGUAAUCACUCCAAGAACAAUAGGAGCAAGACUUAAACUGUCAGAUGAACAGCUUGAGUUAUGGUCAAGCAAUGAUAAUGAAGACCCUAAAGUUAUCAAAGGAACUACACCUAAGCCAUCAGAUUCUGAACCAAACAUUUCCAAGAAUAUCUCUGUUUGUGGUUCAACUGUUACUACAGUAAAAAGUAGCAGUACAGAAAUAUUCCACCCAACAUCAGGAAAAGGCAGUCGUGCCCACCUCACCCUUGCUUGCGCUCCAAACAUCACACCAGUCAACACUGGUUUUGAUAUUAUCCGUGCUGUCAGGUGUGAGCAGUAUGCAUUGAGGUGUGAUGAUCAGAAGCCCGAAAAUUAUACUAUUGAUGAAGGCAUAUUAAGAAAUUAUGGUGAUGGAGUUUGGGUUUUAUACCCACAAUGUGAAGUGCUUGUAUCUUCUCUGUUUUCUGCAUUUUACUGAACUCUGAUUUUAACAAAUGAAUGCUUGAUCCAUUUUAUGAAGUUCAAAUUUUUGUAACUACUUGAUUUACUUCUUUUUUAUCAUUUUAGUUCCAGGGAAGGAACAGGCAUAGUUGAGUUAGAUGAGGAAUGAGUAGGAAGAAUAUGCCCUGAAUCAUCCAGAGUGGAGUUUUUAGAGAAAGCUUGAGCAAAGGGUUCAGCUUUACAGAUAGAUGUGACAGCUGUUCUGCCAUCAAGAUUAAGGAGAGGUGGGAGAGAUGAAGUAGUGAAAUUGUUAGAGAUUUUUUUGGCUAGGUGCCGGAAGUCCGUGGAAGAAUUAGAAGAUGCAAGUUGUUGGCAUUUAUUAUUGAUGAAAGAGUUUUUGGUAAGUUGAAGAAUAGAUUUGGCACAAUUCUGGGCAGAAAUGUAAAGAUCGUGAUUAGCAGGAGUGCGAAGGCUCUUGUACCUUUUGUGUGCCACCUCUCUAUCUGAUAGCAUGAGAACAAGCGUGAUUGAACCAAGGUUUUUUAGCAUGAGGAGUAGAGGAAGUACAUGAAAUAUCAUUUAUUCCAGAGACUGUAAUGUGCUGGGCACACGCAGAAGGGUCUCUGGAAGCAGUAAUCCAUCCACGGGAAAUUGGAAAAAUACAUCUUCAGGUCGUUCCACCGAGCUGAAACAAAAUUUCAGAAGCACCGCCUCUUGGGUAGGUCCUGUACAGGAGCGGUAGGACAGAAUGCGGAAAUAAGGUUGUGAUCGGAGGAGCCCAACGAAGAGAACAGUUUAAUAGAAUGAGCUGAAGGAUUAGAGGUUAGAAAAAGGUCUAGAAUGUUGGGCGUGUCUCCAAGGCAAUUGGGAAUAGGGUGCUGAGCCAACUACUCAAGAUCAUUGAGGAGAGCAAAAUUGUAGGCUUGUUCACCUGGCUGGUCAGUGAAAGGUUGAAAGCCAAAGCUGGUGGUGAACAUUGAAAAAUCCUAAGAUGGAAAUUUCAGCAAAGGGAUAAUGAGUCAAGAUGUGUUCCACUUCAGAGUUCAAAUAGCCAAGGAAUUGUACAUAGUCAGUAGAGUUAGGUGAGAGAUAAACAGUACAGACAUAUUUAGUAAUCGAUGAUAUCUACCCAUUCAUAAUAAAGAAAGUGUUACAA